AUGGAAAUUUUGGCGGCAUUAAAUAACCCAUUGUGGUUGAUAUGCCGUAAAACAAACCAAACCAAAACAAAUCUAUCUAUCUAUCUAUCUAUCUAUCUAUCUUAUCUAUCUAUCACAGUCUGUUCAUAUCUUACUUUCUAUCUAUUUAUCUAUCCAUUCAUAUCUAUCUCAUUCUGUUUAUAUCUAUCUAUCUAUCUAUCUAUCUAUCUAUCUAUAUAUCUAUCACAAUCCGUUCAUAUCUAUCUAUCUAUCUAUCUAUCUAUCUAUCUAUCUAUCUAUCUAUCUAUCUAUCUAUUUCACUCCGUUGAUAUCUAUCUAUCUAUCACGGUCUGUUCAUAUCUUACUUUCUAUCUAUUUAUCUAUCCAUUCAUAUCUGUAAACCUCAUUCUGUUUAUAUCUAUCUAUCUAUCUCACUCCGUUGAUAUCUAUCUAUCUAUCUAUCUAUCUAUCUAUCUAUCUAUCUAUCUAUCUAUCUAUCUAUCUCACUCCGUUGAUAUCUAUCUAUCUAUCUAUCUAUCUAUCUAUCUAUCUAUCUAUCUAUCUAUCUAUCUAUCUCACUCCUCUGUUGAUAUCUUACUUUCUAUCUAUUUAUCUAUCCAUGCAUAUCUAUCUAUCUAUCUCAUUCUGUUUAUAUCUAUCUAUCUAUCUAUCUAUCUAUCUAUCUAUCUAUCUAUCUAUCUAUCUAUCUAUCUAUCUAUCUCAUCUAUUGAUAUCUAUCUAUCUAUCUAUCUAUCUAUCUAUCUAUCCAUGAUAUCUAUCUAUCCAUUGAUAUUCAUCUAUCUAUCUAUCUAUCUAUCUAUCUAUCUAUCUCAUUCUGUUCAUAUCUAUCUAGCUAUCACAGUUUCGUCAUCUCUCUCUCUCUUUUUCUACGUAUCCCAGGCUGUUUCCAUCUGUUAA